AUGUAUGCUAAAUGGCGUAGGACUAGUUAACAAAAAUAUCCAGAUCUUUCUCAACUCUACAAAAACCAAACUGUAACAAGAAGACGUUCUUGCUAUUGUGAUAAUUGUGGUAAACUUAGUCAGUUUUAACAAAUUCAUUAAAAUAACGGAUGGGUGCCACUCCAAAUUUAAAUUGAUGAAUCCAAAAAAGAAUUAGAAUUAUAGAAAACCCAGACUGAUGAAAAAUAAUAAAUCAGUAAAAAUUCAAGAACCAUGUCCACAUCUAUUAGCCAAACACCUUCCUUUUAUAAAAAUUAAGACCAAAGGCCCAGGCGAAACAGUUGUACCUGUUCAGAAUGUGGGCCAAUGUCAUAAUUUCAAAUCAAACAUAAAGAUGUCCCUUUUAAAAAAUAGAAAAAAUCCAGAAAGCUUUUUGUAAUUAAAAGGAAAAAUUUAACACACAGUCGAACAAUCCAACUCGAACAAAUGCAAAGCAGAAGUAGGAUUGAUCCAAGAUAAUUGAUUUAAUAAAAAAAUUAAAUGAUGAGUUUAAGAAACAUUGAUGUUUAACAUCGUAGACUUAGAACUGAAUGCAUGAGUUUGAGUCAGAUUGUUCUUCCUGCAAUCAAAGACUUCUCGUGCAGAUAGAUUAAGAAAUAAUUGUGA